GUGAAGACGCAGUGACGUCAGUCGCCUCGCAGAUCCAUCAUGGAGUCGAUGCUGAAGCUGAAGCUGUGGGAGAGCGGGCCGAAGCCGGGAGAGUUCUACUCUCUGUCCGGGGGCAGCGGCGGAGCGGUGACCGGGCCGGGCUGCGGGCCGGUCCGACACACACUCAACCCCAUGGUGACGGGGACGUCGGUGUUGGGGGUGAAGUUCACUGGUGGCGUGGUGAUCGCCGCCGACAUGCUGGGUUCCUACGGAUCACUGGCUCGCUUCCGGAACAUCUCCCGCCUCAUGAAGGUGAACAGCAGCACCAUCCUGGGAGCUUCAGGAGAUUACGCUGACUACCAGUACCUGAAGCAGGUCAUCCAGCAGAUGGUGAUUGAUGAGGAGUUGCUAGGAGAUGGUCACAGCUACAGUCCGAAGGCUCUCCACUCCUGGCUGACCAGAGUCAUGUACAACCGCCGCAGCCGCAUCAACCCGCUGUGGAACACCGUGGUGAUCGGAGGCUUCUACAACGGGGAGAGCUUCCUGGGCUACGUGGACAAACUGGGCGUGGCCUAUGAGGCUCCCACCGUGGCGACGGGCUUCGGAGCGUACCUGGCUCAGCCCCUGAUGAGGGAGGUGGUGGAGAACAAGGUGGAGAUCAGUAAGCAGGAGGCCCGGGACCUGGUGGAGCGCUGCCUCAAAGUGCUGUACUACAGAGACGCUCGCUCCUACAACAGGCAUGAGAUCGCCAUAGUAACGGAGGAGGGCGUGGAGAUCCUCGGUCCUCUGUCGUCUGAAACCAACUGGGACAUCGCUCACAUGGUCAGCGGGUUCGAGUGACUCCCGGCAGACACAAACAGGAAGUGUGACGCUGCUUCACUUCCUGUCUCAUGUUGACAGUUUGUGCUUUUCUACCAGGUGAAAAUCAAUAAAUG